AUGAUUCCAUACUUCCAGUCUAUUCUCCCCAGAACCACUCCUCAAGGUGGAAACUUGCCCUACUGGCUCUUGUUUAUUUCCGUGGUAUCCGUUUUCAACUCGUACCAAACCUACAGGUCCAAGGAUUUGGAAUUGACUAAGAAGGUUUACGAAAGAGAAGCCACCUCUGACCAUCCACGUCCUCAGGUGACUCACUUGAGCGCCAGGACCUUUGGCACCUGGACCUUGAUUACUUCCAUUGUCAGAUUCUACGGAGCCUACUUCUUGGCCAACAAGCAGAUCUAUGAACUAGUCCAGUUCACUUUUGCUGUGGCUGCUUUCCACUUCAUCAGUGAGUGGUUGGUGUACAAGACCUGCAAGUUGGGCAAGGGACUUGCUGGACCUUUGGUUGUUAGCUCAAUCAGCACGGUCUGGAUGUUCUUGCAAAAGGACUUCUACGUUGGAGCUUAUUAG